AUGGCCUCGGUUCAGCUCCAGUAUCCCCAGUAUCACCAACAUCAGGCGACCAGUGCGCAGAAUCAGAUGUCACCACUGAAUUUGUUAGCAGCAGCUUGCAACAAGAUGUACACGCACCAACCCUUAGCGCCGCAUUCCCAAAUUUCCCCCGUGUCAACCGCCUCCUGCAGCAGCGACGGCUAUGCUUCCCAAGUGCCAUUAGAAACUUCUCGAUCUCCAUUAGAGUACUCGCCUCACUAUCAACCCCUGUACAAUCACAGUUAUGGGAACCAAUAUUGGUUCCAAAAUUCACCUCCGGACAUCGGAAACUCUGGCUAUCAACCGCAACAGCAACAGUAUCAGUGGUCGCAGAACAGUUACAUUCCCGCCUUGUCCUCGAUUAACCGCCACCUGAUCAAGCCUUGUGAUUUCCCCACGUAUUCAACGAAAGCCAGACGCUGCAUCAAAUGCCAGUGCCCAAAUUGCAUCAACGAAGAGAACGGCCUGAAGAAACCGUCCGCGAAAAAGGUGCACAUUUGCCACUAUCCGGGGUGCGACAAGGUUUACGGGAAAACGUCCCAUCUCCAGGCCCACCUGAGAUGGCAUACGGGAGAACGUCCGUUCGUCUGCAACUGGCUCUUCUGCGGCAAACGCUUCACGCGAUCCGACGAGUUGCAGAGACAUCUCAGGACGCACACGGGUGAGAAACGGUUCGCCUGUUCGAUAUGCUCGAAACGGUUCAUGCGAUCCGAUCAUUUGGCGAAACACGUGAAGACGCACAAGAACGGCAAGAAAUCCGAGUCGCCGAAGCCGGAGAGUCCGCCGCUCAAGACCGAAACCGACAGUGAUUACGCCCAGCAAGUGCCGUCCGUUCCGUCCGUUCCGUCCGCGCAACCAGUUCAAAUGUACCAGCAAACGGGGAAUCACUUUUUGCCGUCCGAUUCGUUGAUCCACUCGAGGUUUAGCAACGAACAAAGUUCCGGUUACGACGUGCGGGUGCAUCCCAGUGUUGUGUCCUCCAAUUCCGGACUGUACAAUGGUUACACCGGACUGUACUUGCAAUAAUUGUUGAUGUAGAUUUUAGAUUUAAGAUUGUUGCAUGUGCUUUUUGAAAAUGGGAUCAAUUAAUCGAAAAGAGAGAUAGAUAAUUUUUAUAGGGGGCGAAAGUUCCGCUUAUUUUGUUAAAAGACUGCCAUUUUUGUAAAUGUGUUGUAAAUAGGUUUUGUUAAUUUAUUUGUUAUGUGUACAAAUAUGAUAAAAUGCAAAUAAAUAAAAUA